AUGAUCAAUAAUUAGAAACAAUAACUUUAAAGGAAAAUUUUUCAGGACAGAAUCCAAAUAUAUAGGAUCAAAUAUGGCCUCGUGACUAUAAAUUAAAUAUAUAUCAAGUGGAUAAAUCUAUACAUUAUUAAAUGUCAACAAAUAAGUAAUUACCUAUGGAGAUUAAAUGUUAAAAUAAUCGUUAACUUUCAUUUUGUGGAUUACUGUUUAAGAAAAAAAACCAUAUAUAGACAAAGUUCUUUUAAAAUAGAAAUUGAAUAUAAUUUGGCUUACUAUUUAGAUGUUAUUUCGUUAUCUUGUAUAUUUAAAUGUAGUAUAUGCAUAAACAAUCUAUUUUUAUAAUGUAAUUAUGGGUAUUACUUAAACAGAUAUAACAAUUUAUGUGAGACUCUUUGUGGAGAUUCUAUCAAUUAAGGUAAUGAAUAAUGUGAUGAUGGUAACUCAGAUAACUAUGAUGGUUGUUCUAAUUGUGAAUUGAUUUAAUAUGAAAAAUGUGAUAUAGAAUAGGAUAUCUAAAAAUAUUGUUGUGCUGUCUGUUACUAUGGUAAAUGCUUAAAAUGUAAUGAAGGAUUUCUAUUAAAUGGUGAUCUUUGUAUUUCAAUAUGUUGGGAUGGUUUAAUUAAUCCAAUAGAAGAAGAAUGUGAUGUUUAAAGUGGAGAUGGAUGCAUUGAUUGUAAAAUAUAAAAUGGUUAUGUUUGUGAUAAAUUAAACUUUUCAACAUGUAAGACAUGUGAUAAAGAGUGUACUUAAUGUUUAAAUUUAGAUAGGAUCAAUUUAUUUUGUAAAUCAUGCAUUGAUGAGUAUUACAAUGUAGAAGAUUAAUGCUAAUUAUGUGAUUCAAAUUGUAUUAAUUGCAAAUUGCAAUCAAAUUUAUGUACAUCAUGUUAUCGAUCUGAUUGAGAUUUUUGUGAAUCAAUCCCUGGUCUAUUUGGAGAUAUAAAAACUAAGUAAUGUAAUUCUAUUUGUGGUGAUGGAAUUGUCGCUGAAUCAUAUGAGUAGUGUGAUGAUAAUAACCAAAAUAAUGGAGACGGCUGUGAUUCUUAAUGUAAUUUAGAAUUCUCAGAUAUUGAAAUUAAUAAAAUGAAGUAUUAUUUAUCCUAAACUAAUAAUACUUAUGAUUUGAAACUAAACUCUGAAUAUCAAUUCAAAAUUUUAUGCAAUACUAUUAAUAUAAUCAUUGACAAUAUGGAUAUUUAAGAUUACAACUAUAAUUAUACUUAAGUAGAUGUAUUGACUUGUAGUUUAAAAAAAUUUGAUUUUAAGAAAUCCAUCUAUAAAUUUAAUACAAUUCAUGCAAAAUUAUUGUAUACAAAUUCUAUAAACAGAAUACUUUCUGAAAAUGAUAGAAGUAUUUUAUAUGAUAUCACACCGAAUGAGUAUAUUGUUUUAAAUAACAAUGAGUUGGAUCAAUAAUUUCUAUUUUCUUAAUGUUAAUUAUCCUUUCAAUGUGGAAUUAUUCUUCUUAAGUAGUGAUUUGUCAAACCUCAUUGGUUUUCCAACUUAUUAAGGAUUGAAUCAACCUGAUUGUAAUUAUUACUUUGAAGCACCAAAAAGAUUCAAAGAUAAAGGUAUUUAUCUAUUAUUCAUUAACUUAUAAGUUCCAUUUAUGUUUUUACUAUCUUCUAUCAUCAUAUUCCUAAUAAACUAUUUACUUUAUUCAUUCUUUUCUCUACUUAAUGAUGCCUUGAAAAUAAAAAUACCUAUAAAAAAGGAGAAACAUUUUAGUAUUUUUUAUAUUUCUAUUAAAAAAUAAAAUCGGUAAAAUUCAAUCAAAGUCAAUCAAUAAUGA